UUUUUAACAAACAGCGACACUGAAAACACGCCCAAAAACUUAACCUAGUCCUCUUCCUAUCAGUCGUAAACGUCGUAAAUAAAAGUGCGCUAGUCAGUCUAUGCAGUUACUCGAUCCACAGUUCAAGAUUCAAGACCAAGUUCUUCAUAUAUAUAUAAAUAUAUAUAUAAUAAUAUAAGUGAUAAAGAGAUUUGCUGACAACAUUGUAUUUUUGAUACCCAGCACAACUGCGAGCGCUUAAUUGCGAACAUCCAGAGAAAAAAAUAUAUAUAAUAUAAUAAUAUUUAACGUGAGUGAUAAAUUAACAAGUGACGUAUUUGCUUAAAUAAUAAAUAAAUUGUUAUUGGAGAUAUUGUUGAUAACGUAAUUAAACGUUCUUUAAUCAGCUAAACCAAUAAAGAUGUCCAACUGGCAGAGCCCACCACCAAAUGCAGGAUUCUACCCAGGCCAACAAGGGUAUCCGUAUCCACCAAAUCCCGGGUAUCCACCUAACCCAGGCUAUCCACCACCACAAGGCGACUGGAACGGUCAAGCACCACCAGCUGGAUUCAUUCCAACCGGAGGAAAUUACGGACAAGGACCACCACCAGUUCCACCUACUGCAGCAUUUUCUCACCAGCCUGGAAUGUACGGGGCAAGUUAUGGAGACGAGGCCCUUCACGAUGAGCCGAAGGGCUUUGAUUUUAGCGACAAAACAAUCAGACAGGGAUUCAUCAGAAAAGUAUAUGCUAUUCUGAUGUGUCAGCUGUUGCUGACACUGGGUGUUAUUUCACUUUUCUUGUUUCAUGAACCGACUAAACGAUAUGUGAGAAAUCACGAGGGAAUAUUUUGGGCUGCGCUUGUUAUUUUAAUUGUAUCAUUGAUUUGUAUGGCUUGCUGUACUAGUGUAAGACGUAAGGCUCCGAUGAAUUUCAUAUUUCUUUUCCUAUUUACCAGCGCAGAAAGUUUUAUGCUCGGUACUAUGUCAUCUCGAUAUGAUAGCAAAGAGGUACUGCUGGCAGUGGGAAUAACCGCAGCGAUAUGUUUCUCAUUAACAAUCUUUGCAUUCCAAACUAAAUGGGACUUUACUGGCAUGGGAGCUGCGCUCUUUGUUGCCGUAAUUUGUCUCAUGUUAUUUGGAAUAAUCGCUAUGUUCUGGCAUGGAAAAAUAAUUACAAUUGUUUAUGGUACAGUUGGUGCUCUACUGUUUUCAUUGUAUUUAAUUUAUGACACCCAAUUGAUGCUGGGCGGUAAACACAAAUAUUCCAUUUCACCCGAAGAGUACAUUUUCGCUGCAUUGAAUCUUUAUCUUGAUGUCAUUAAUAUCUUUAUCUACAUUUUGUCUAUUAUUGGAGCUUCACGCGAUUAAAUAUUUUAUUAAUCAUGUAAAUUAUAAUCAUCAUAAUCAUUAUUAUUAUUAUUUACUUUGUUUAAAAUCAUUGUGUAGCAAAAUUAUUUUUUAAAAUUUUCGUUUGUUUAAUAAACAAAACACCGAAUAAAUCAAUUAAUAACCAUUUCAACGAUUAAUAUUAAUGAAUUAUUAAACAAAUAAAGUUUGCAAGUUGAAGGGUUUUGCACUGUUGAUCACUAAGUAUUUUUCGAUGCUAACUUUUUGAAAUACAAGCAGGCUUCAAAGCUUUAUCUAGUCCAUAAGUAAAAUUCAGAACAUAUUUUAAUAUCAUAAUACUUUUGUUCUUUAUUUCUCAAGGCCAUUCUCAAUCAGUGCCUCCCCCCCUCCCCCCGGCAGUGUUACAAUUCUACUGACAUCUCUACUCAAAGGAAGUAGCUACAACUCUACUUACUCAGACGUUUACUCAGCCUCAACUCUACUCAGUUUUUUUACUCAGGUUUAAUUCUACUCAGUGACAUCUUUACUCAGCUACAACUCUACUCAUAAAGAAUUGCUAUUUUAUCGAUAGGCUAAAAUAUAUGAGUAGAGUUGUAGCUGAGUAAAGAUACAACUGAGUAGAGUUAAACCUGAGUAAAAAAAAAUGAGUAGAGUUGAGGCUGAGUAAAGUUAUAAGUGAGAAGAGUUGUAGCUACUUCCCUUAAAUAGAGAAGUUGUGAGAAGAAUUGUAACACCCCCCCCCCUCUUUUUUUUUUAAUUUUCAAAUACUUUCAAUUGUCAUAAGCGUAUCAAAAUUUGAUCAAUUCUCAUUACUAAUUUCGAAAGUUCAUAUUUUUAUAUGCCCUUUGGGUUUAAAAAACUAAAGCCAAAAAGGCGGUGAUUUUUUUUCAUUGCCCAUCGUUUUGUAGACUUAUUUUAUAGCUACAAAAUUUUUUUCCAAAUUUUCAACUUUGGAAUAAGUCUACAAUAUGAUUAGGAAUUUAAAAAAAAAUGAUACGCCCUUUUGGUUUUAAAUUUAGUGAAUAAGUCAAAAGGGUGGAUAAAAAUAUGAGUACUUUUGUAAUUACUGACGCGAAUUAAUUAAAAAGGACAUUGAGAUGGAUUUUAAAAAAAUUACUUACAGUUGUUAUCAAUUAGGAGGUAAAAAAAAAUUAAUUGAAUGGAUUUUACCCUAAAAAUGUCAGAAUUUGAAUUUAAAAAUUGACAUAAUUUUACUAAAAUUUAUUUCCCAAAUUUCGUGUAACUCCCAAUUGAUGUCAACUGUAAAUAAUUUUUUUUAAAUUAUAUCUCAGAUCGAUACACUUACGACAGUUGAAAGUCGUUGGAUUUUUUGAAAAAGUGGGGGACACUGUCUGAGAAUGCCCUCAAGGGUGGGCCGUACCUAACGAAAUCCUGAAUUUAAGAAUUCUAAUUACUUUUUGAAUAUUUAUGGGACUCGGAUGAUGAAAAUCUUCCGAGGAAGUUCGUCUUCUGCUUUUAGUCGGAAGCUAAGAAAAUUGCUGUUAUAAUAAUUAUUUAAUAAAUAAUUAGAAUUCUUAAAUUCAGGAUUUCGUUAAGUGCGGCCCAGCCUUAAAUAGAAAUGAAUGUUAUUAUUUAUUUCAUAAAGUUUUGUUAAUGUAAAUUUAUUUUACGUUUCAUUUUAUUAUAUUCAUAAACAUUACAUUCAAGUAUUCACCCUUAUUCGACCUUCCUUAGUAUAUUAAAAGUCCUAAUUUUUUACUCAUUAAAAAAAAACUUUUGACCUUUAAUGUUAUAAAAUAUAUGUAACAAACAUUUAUUACAUAUACUUAUAUUAUAUAUCGAUAUCCAAACUUAGUAAUAAUAAUUAGUAGUAAUAAAUAAUAUAAUAGUAUAUAAGGCAAAGAAAAUAUUCGGCAUAGAUUUGAGCACAUGAUUGUGUCGUUUCAUCCAGCAUUAAUAAAUAAAAAUUAUUUUAUUGUAAAAGCUAUUUAUAAAUAAAUACAAACUCAACUUAUAUGUACUAUUUAAAUACGUUUAAAUAAAAAUGUUUAAAUAAAACCUAUUUAAAUGUAUGUUUAUGUGAUCAAAGCGCAAUUACUAAUAACGUUAACUAAAUAAAAAGGGAUUAAUAAAAAAGUAUGUAAUAAAUUUCUAAACAUGUACACAACAUAUAUGAAGAAAUUGUGUAUGAUUAUAUUUGUAACAGUAAAUUAGUUUUACAGCUUACGGGAUCGAAUUGUAUUUUAUUUAUUUAUUGUUUUAAUAUAUAUUUAUAUAUAAUAUAUAUUAAUUAAGUUCAAUAUACACAAUCGGUCAAACAUUACAUCCAUUUAUAGAUUAUUCAAAAAUGUUUAUUGUAUAAAAGCCUCAAAAUUUUUUUGUAUAUUUGUUCGCGUGCAUAAUUAUUAGUAUUGAUAAAAAAAAUUUUAACACGUGAACUUUUUUGUAUUUUCGUUUUUACAGCAGAGUAGACCAAAUAGUGACCGAGUUCCAAUUAAUGACUGAGUACUUUCGUAGAAAACUCGUAAAAAUUUUUAAAUUGUGGAAUUUAAUUCGCGAAAAACAUGCAGUUGCAUUACUGACCAAAAGGUUGGAAGCAUUUAGAACACUGACUUCUUUUUAUAUGAACUUACUUAUAAUUUUUUUUAUAUAUUUGAAAAUGGGCCACUACAAUUAGUUAAAAUACAGCGAAAUAAAAAAAAAUUAUAAUACAUCGAAUUAUAAAAUGAUCCUGAAGUUAACAGACAAUUAAUAAUUUUAGGAUUUUUUUUUACAACAAAUUUAUGAGAAAAAAAACUAAAAAAAUGCACAUGUAGAAAAUUUAAAAAACUAUAUGUGCAAUUUUUCAAAAUAUUUUUUUUUUUAUUAUUUAUAUUUGAAAAAAAAUCCAAAAAUAAUUUGACGUCGGCUAACUUCAGUAUCAUGUUUUAAAACAGGUAAAGUUAGUUAGUGUGAGUUUUUUUUUCUUUUACCAAAAAUCGCAGGUGCUUCCAAACUUUCUGUCAGUGGAGUAUUUGAGUAAAAAAUACUUUUGCUAAUCAAUGAAUGCAUUGAUUUAAUGAUUAAUUACUAAGUACACUAAUGGCAUAUACUUGGAAGCAUGAUCUUGAAGUUAACAGACGAUUAACAAUUUUUGGAUUUUUUUUUCAACAAAUCAAUUACAAAAAAAAAAAACUAAAAAAUGCACAUGUAGAAAAUUUGAAAAGCUAUAGGUGCAAUUUUUUUAAAUGUUUUUUUUUUUAAUAAUUUGUCGUUUUGAAAAAAAUUCAAAAAUUAUUAGACGUCGGCUAACUUCAGUAUUAUAAAUUAGCAGAUAAUUACCAAUUUUUGGAUUUUUUUUUUUCAAUAAAUCAAUUAUGAAAAAAAAAAAAAGAAAAUAUGCACAUGUAGGAAAUUAAAAAAGCUAUAGGUGCAAUUUUUUUUUAUAAUUAGACGUCGACAAACUCCAGUGUCAUUUUCCAUUUUCAAAUAUAUAAAAAACAAUCAAAAGUACAUUUAUAUAAAUAGAAGUCAGUUACAAAUGCUUCGAAACUUUUGGUCUGUAGUGUAACUGCAUAUUUUUUAUGAACUAAAUUCCAUAAUUUAAAAUUUUUUAGGACUCAUUAAGUACCCAGUCAUUAAUUAGAGCUCGGUUAAUAUUUGGUAGUUGCCCUACUUGAUUGUUUUAUUUUUCAAUUGUGAGUAUAUUCAAAAAAAAUACUCGCAGACUUUAAUAUUUGUGCACGUACAAUAGACAUACAAGAUAAUAAUAGGCACCUCAGAUACUGUCUUUUUGUUCAUUACUUUUUUUGUUUAUUAUUAUUAUUGCCUAGAUGUUGCGUAAGUAAAAAGGAUGAGACUAGAUGAUACAUUUCUUCAAUUACACUUAGUUAUAUCUCCAUUGUGGGAUUACAUUUCUGCAUAUUUUUAACUUAUUUAAUUUUUUUAAUUGCUUCUUAUUAAAUCUAAUUAAGCAACUUAA